AUGAAGCCACCUCUAGGUCCCUACCAUUCUACCGCUCCGAGCGAAAAAGAGAACAUGCUUAGCGGCAAAGAUUACCGUCACUUCACCGAUCCAGAGCUUCUGAACGACAGAGCAUGGUGUAAGCAAGCAAUCGAGCGCUACAACAAAGCAUCGAAGCCUUCUUUCGACAUCGACAUGGAUGGACGGAUGAGGCUAUUCCGACAGAUACUGCAGCCAGAUCGUCUUUUGCGACUAGCAGACUCGAGCAAUCAUCCUAUCGGGACCAUUGGUUCCAAGAUCUUGAUCGAAGCACCGUUCAAAUGUGAGUAUGGCUACAAUGUCCACAUUGCGGACAAUGUGGUCAUACAGGCUGGCUGUGUCAUGUACGAUCCUUGUCCUAUCACCAUAGGCAGGGGCACGAUUGUUGGUCCGAAUGUAAAGUUCUACGGACUUGGACCAGACACGAGGCUCGAUGCAAGAGUGCGUAAUGGCAGUGAGGGCAAAUUAAGAGGAGGCAAGAUCAUGGUUGAAGAGGACUGUUUCAUUGGCGGUGACGUCGUCAUAAUGCCUAACGUAAUCAUCGGACGCGAAUGUGUGGUCGAGCCUGGAACAGUGGUCAGCAGUAACGUGCAACCAGGAAAAGUUGUCGCCGGCAACCCCAUGAGAAUAAUCCGCGAUGUUGUUCCGGUACCCACCCAAGACGACGAGUAUGGCCGCGUUGAACCAGCAAUGUUGGCAAAUAUGUGGCCAGGAGAGCGAUCAUACAAUCGCGAUGUACGCAUGGGCAUGUGA